CCAAGCUGCCCAUUGAUUUUCAUUUUUCACCAAAUACAAAUUUUCACCACACACUGGGUUUAGGGUUUUAGCUUGCUCAUCCCCCGAGGUUUUCUGGACGUCAGAAUAUGAUUUUUCGCAGUCUUCUGCUCUCCAAGAAUCUGAAUCCCACAAGGUAUUUACUCAAAGGUUCUCAUUCCUUGACCAGAAUUUCUAGUGUUGGUUCAGAAUUUGUUCCAUUAGUUAAUUGCAAUAGCAUAGUAAAGUUCAGAUUUUUAUCCUACUUGCGUUCUUUAAAUUCAGUUCCCUAUGAAAAAUGUGGGUUCUCCAUUUCCAAGAACCCAAAUUUUAUAAGAAACUAUUGCUCAGGAGGGGAUAAUAGUGGUGAGGAGUCAAAUGAGUGGACUGGAGAAAUAGAUUAUUUGGAUGAAUCAGGUGGUGUCAUUUACUCUGGAAAGGGUGUAAGAUCUGUUGAGCCGGGUAUAGAUGAUCAUGUGAUGGUGGGAGGGUUAAAGAAGCCUAUUUUGAAUGCUUCAGCUGUGGCUAAGAUUGUUGAGAUAGUGAAAAGGUGGAAAUGGGGUCCUGAUAUGGAGACCCAAUUGGAUAGGCUUCAGUUUUUGCCUAACAUGACUCACAUUAUUCAGUCAAUGAAGAUUAUUAGCGAUGGUGAGGCUUCGUUGAGCUUGUUUCGGUGGGCCAAGAGGCAAUCUUGGUAUUGUCCGACUGACGAGUGUUAUGCUGUGUUGUUUGAUAUGUUGAAUGAGAGUAGGGAUUAUGAUGGGAUUCAAUCAGUGUUUGAUGAUAUGGUUCGUGAUUCAGGUGAAAGUGGUAUAUCUUCAUUUAGUGCGUAUAAUCGGGUUAUUCAGUCAUUAGCAAAGGCUGAGAAAUUGGAGGUGACUUUCUGUUGUUUUAAGAAGAUGAAAGAAGUUGGUUGUAAGGUUGAUACACAGACGUAUAAUUCAUUGAUAACAUUGUUUUUGGAUAAGGGUUUGCCGUUUAAAGCUUUUGAGAUAUAUGAGAAUAUGGAAGAAGUUGGGUGUUCCUUGGAUGCAUCAACUUACGAGUUGAUGAUUCCAAGUUUGGCUAAAUCAGGCCGUCUUGAUGCUGCUUUGAAGCUCUUCCAAGAGAUGAAAGAAAAGAACUUCCGACCAGGUUUUGGGGUUUUUGCUGCACUUGUUGAUUCAAUGGGUAAAGCUGGUAGGCUGGACACGUCCAUGAAAGUGUAUGUGGAAAUGCAAGGUUUUGGACUCAGGCCGUCUGCCACUACAUUUGUUUCUAUGAUUGAGUCAUUUGUUAAAGCUGGGAAGCUGGAGACUGCUCUCAAGCUAUGGGAUGAGAUGAAGAAAGCCAGGUUUAGACCUAAUUAUGGGCUCUAUACUAUGAUGGUUGAGUCCCACGCAAAAUCUGGAAAGCUUGAGACUGCCAUGUCUCUCUUUUCAGAUAUGGAAAGGGCUGGAUUUUUUCCCACACCCUCUACCUAUUCUUCUCUUUUGGAGAUGCAUGCUGCUUCUGGUCAAGUUGAUGCUGCCAUGAAGCUCUAUAACUCUAUGACAAAUGCAGGUCUUAGACCAGGGCUCAGUACCUACACAGCCUUGCUGUCUCUCCUGGCAAAAAAGAAGCUUGUUGAUGUAGCUGCAAAGGUUUUACUUGAAAUGAAGGCCAUGGGGUAUUCUGUUGAUGUGAAUGCUAGUGAUGUUCUUAUGGUGUAUAUCAAGGAUGGUUCUGUUGAUCUAGCUUUGAGGUGGCUACGGUUUAUGGGCUCAUCUGGGAUUCGCACAAACAAUUUCAUUAUUAGGCAGCUCUUUGAGUCGUGUAUGAAGAGUGGAUUAUAUGAGUCGGCCAAGCCUCUUCUUGAAACAUAUGUGAAUGCUGCUGCUAAGGUUGAUCUUGUACUUUACACAUCAAUUCUUGCCUAUCUUGUAAGAUGCCAGGAAGAGCAUAAUGAGAGGCAUUUGAUGGCCAUCUUGAGUGCUACGAAACAUAAAGCUCAUGCUUUCAUGUGUGGUCUCUUCACAGGGCCAGAGCAGAGGAAGCAACCAGUUUUAUCUUUUGUGAGGGAAUUCUUUCAGGGAAUCGAUUAUGAGUUAGAAGAAGGAGCUGCCAGGUACUUUGUCAAUGUUCUUCUUAACUACCUUGUUCUGAUGGGACAGAUAAAUCGUGCUCGUUGUGUAUGGAAAGUUGCAUAUGAAAACAAGCUUUUUCCCAAGGCAAUAGUGUUUGAUCAACACAUUGCCUGGUCCCUUGAUGUUAGAAACUUGUCAGUUGGGGCUGCUCUUAUAGCAGUGGUACACACCCUUCACAGGUUCAGGAAGAGGAUGUUAUACUAUGCGGUCGUCCCAAGGCGGAUCAAAUUAGUAACUGGGCCAACUUUGAAGAUUGUUAUAGCUCAAAUGUUAAGUUCUGUCGAGUCACCCUUUGAAGUUAGUAAAGUUGUUCUGAGAGCCCCAGGGGAUUCCGUCCUGGAGUGGUUCAAGAAACCGAUAGUUCAGCAAUUCCUUCUGAAUGAGAUUCCAUCAAGGGCUGAUAUUUUGAUGCAUAAACUGAACACACUUUUUCCUAGUUCUGCACCCGAAAUUAGAUCCCUAUCCCCUCCAAAGCCUCUUCUUGCAGGGAAGGCUCUAUAGUCAUGGAUAAGUUGUUAGCUUGGUCAGGCAUCAUUUGUUUGUAAUAUAGAAUUAUAAGUUACAUUUUUGUUUGUUUAAAAAAGCACUUGACAUCUACAUAGAAAAUCGCAUGUUAGUGUACAUGAGAAAAUACCUUUAGAAUUUCAACUUCAGCUUUUCAAAAAUAUCUUUGCAAUAGAGGCUUCCUGGUUUCAGAUUGGUGGCAGCUAGUUCAUAUACAUAAUAAUUAACUGAGUAACAUUUAAUAGUUUAAUCUGCAGACAGCAAUUUUAUUUUGCUUCACUUAGAUGCUAAAUUGUGUUCAGGGGUGAUAUUUGCAUUAAUACUGGUCAUGCCUUAUCACUCAUUUACUUUGUUAAUAAGACCAGCUCUUAUCACUCAUUUACUCCCGCCCUUACCUUUUUUCUCCUUAUCUAAAGGCAUAUUUACCAUGUUAUGCUCUAGUUCUUAGUAAUGCUCUCUAAUCCCUAGUGAAACUACAAAGCACGUCUUUAAGCUCAACAUACUUGAUAUGCACAGCUGAUUAUCAAUGUAUUUCCAGUAAGAGGCUUCUCUGAAAACAAUGUCUGCUGCUGACCAUCCCUAUGUUUCCCACCUAUGUUUCCCAUCAAGGCUUCUUGGGAAAAAUGUCUUUAAGCUCAACAUACUUGAUAUGCACAACAGAUUAUCCACGUUUUUCCGCUAAGAGGUUUCUCUGGAAAAAAUGUCUGCUGCUGACCAUCCAUAUGAUUUCCAUUGAGGCUUCUUGGGAAAAAUGUCCGGUCAGGAGGAAGUAAAUCAGGUUAAGUAAUUUUAAACUGCUGCUAGGAAUCAGCAACAACUGCAAUGCGAAGUACUUGGCAGUGGCAGGGCUGCUGACAUGAGCCAGAUUCCUCUUUUCUGCUGCCAUCCGACCAUGAUAUGUAUCAGGCUGUUAAAAUUGGAAGUGUCGAGGAUCACUUCCAAGUGACAAACAGGCACGAGUUGCAGUAGCCCAGACUAUAGAAGAUAAUCAAAAUUAAGAGUAGACAAAAUUUGUGCUCCCUCUUUGCCUGUGUUCUCAGGUACCAUUUGAUCCACUGAUGAUCAAACACAUUUUCAGGACAUGGUCAAUUCUGCUGAAAACGAUAGGUUGGCUGGAAAUUCAGAUUUUACUCUUUGAGAGGAGGAGGACGUUUGGCUAUAGGAUUUCUUGACGAAUGGUCCGUGUAACCUGGGUUGUUCAAAGUUCAAACUGGUUUAUGGAACUUAGAUAUAUACAUUCCAAGAAUAGGGGUGAAUUAUGUGAUAUUGGAAAAGUGAAUUGCUAUGAUUUUCGUCAUUUAAUCCCAUGUCAUAUUGCUGCUGAAAAGCAAGAUUUUUGUACAACUUUACAGAUGCAGGGCUAAGAGUCUGAUUUACCUCCUUGUCUUGGCCUUCCACAGAUAAUAAACUCUGGCAGAAAGAGCAAGCCUUCUGUUGUCCCACAAAAUUCUGCUGCAAAGCUUCCUGGGAUAGCCAAGGCCCAAGGCAACUAUGGAUUCCAAAGAUAUGACUUCAUUUGUGGAACCUUUCGUCAAUCAGAAUAAAGUUGAAUUCUUUUCAA